CUCCAAUUUUAUAUUAUAGAUUUUGUUACUAAAACUAAGAAUAGAAUGAAAAUCACAAAGAUAUAUUUAUUAUAACUGGGAAGCUCCGAAGGUAGAGGCUAAUUGGUAUAUAGUUAUCAGUUAUAUGGUUGUAAAUAAAGUAGAACAAUUCUGUAGUACAGUAGACUUGGAAAGACUAUAAAAGAAAUUAAAAGGAGUUUUACAGUAUGAUACACUUUAUUAUGGAUACCUGCUCUAAGCUGAGUUGUGUGACUGCAAAUUUUUUUCUUCCACGCACUUAUAGCAUGUUUGCUGAAUACAUAUAUAUAUUUUUACUGCUGAAUUUUUUUAUUGGUAUAUAUGCCAGUGCUAUUUUCAAUUCCCAUUACAAUACAUCUUUAUUGGUAUAUGCCAAACAGAGUCUAAGUAUUAUAGAUACUUAAAUAAUAGAAUUAUAUACAAAUAUAAUUUUUAAGUUUAUUUUUUAAACUUCUUAAAAAUAUACCUUGUUCAAGUUAGAUUAAAACUAUAUAAAGAUCUAAAUACUUACUAGUACUAUAUUGUUAAGAAUCCUACAGAGUAGGACUGAGCGACAGGUAACAAUACUUCUCUUGAUGUAAGGUGAUAGUUCUCAGGCCUGUGCCUACGCGAUCCCGAUAGUCCAGUCCUAUGACUACUAUCUUGUUUGCGCCUAUCUCCUUAUUCUUCUCCUUAGUCCUUGCUUAGGACUUAAUCUCUCCUCGUGGGAGGAAAGACAAUUCUUGGGUUUCUUAAGAUAAAUCUUAAGGAGCGUAAGGGUAGGUUUUAUUGAUAAUAACUUGAAGGUAGGAAAUAAACAAGAAGAACGUAUGAAGAGCUCAUACUCAAGAUCCUAGUGACCCCUUUAUAUAGUAGCUCUUCACCUGGCAUGACUCAUACCUUGCGUCACGCGAACCCUGUGACUCAUAACCAUGAGUCAUGUGAAAUCCAUCAGCCGACUCCUAUGAGUUGCUGCACAACCUGCCUAAAACCAAUCAAAAUAUAAUAACCAAGUCAGGUGCACAACUUGCGUCACCUGAGUGAACCCCAUGACUCAUAAGUAUGAGUCAUGUGCGAAAAUCAUAACAUCAUGUGACUCACAACUGUGAGUCACGAACAGGUAAACAUAAUAACCUAUGGCGCACUAGUGUGCGUCAUGUAAAAUCCCAACAUACCUAUAACUCGAAAGUCCGAGCUAUGUGAAAUCUGCCUUGCUUAGUCACAGUUUGUGACAUAUAUUAUAGUAACUUGAAUCUAUUAAGAUUUAAUUUUCUAUAACAAUAAUUCUAAUCAGUAAGUAUUUACAAUUAUAUAAUUUACUACCUUACUAUUUUAUAUCUUACUCUUAUAAUAGUUCACCUGUAAGAGCUGCAGUCUAAGUACAAUUAGAGAUUAGAGAGAAAACAGUUUAUCUUUACUAUUAUUAAUAUAUUAUAUCAUAGCUCUAAUGUGACUUAUUCUAUAGUACAUACAAUAACCAACCCGGACCCCAGAAAGCAAUGAGUUUCAAUGUAUGCAGGGGGUAUUGAACAAAAAUGUCAGUCUCCGAGAUAUGUUUGACUUUCAAAGUCAUGGCAAAUGCCACUGCUAGUAUCCUACUGGUACAGUACAAGUAUCAUAGGAUAUAAAAGCUCUUUCGUUCAUGGUGGGUUGGCCGGGUAACCCUUAACACUCAGGAAACCCUCUCGACGCACUCUUCCUAGCGGCCUUGCAAGGUAUCGUAUCUGUACUCAAAUACCAUGUACUGUACUCACACGAGUAACUUAUAGGAAAUAUAGAGGCCAAUACAGUUUACGUUUAUUCCUGCACGGUGCAAGAAGUGUACCGAUAUCAUGAGUAUAUUUCACGAUAACCACCCAACUAGAGCGUAGAGAGAGGAACGAUGGUUCACACACAUGCACGCAUGAAAGACACACACACACAUUUUCUGAUGCAAAAUUUCAUAGGAUAGAGGGCCAAAUGAGAGCUGUGUAUUGUGGGUUUGUUGGUGAGCGUUGGGUACUCGUAGGGGGAAAUAGCAGAAGAGAAUACCACCUCCCUCUAUCCAUCCAUACCCUACCGUUCCUGUGUUCUGGGCGUCUUCUACCGUAGGGCAAAGGGAAUAAAAAUACAUGUAUGGGAGAGGAGGGGAAGGCGAAGAAAGUGUAGUGUCUCUUGUAUAGCAUAGGAGCCUAAGAGCUUGGAGCCAUCUGGAGAAGAACGGGCCUCAACCCUACGGCUUCCAGGAGCCAAACUCACUCCCCUUUAACCUCUCCUCCUUUCCCUAGAAUUGUAACACCUUUAGCUUCUCGGUGGUCCUUGUUGGAAAUCCCCUCCUGUCGCUUCUUGCCCUUCUGUUCGUUUAUCCGCAUCACGCCUAACCAUGUGGAGACGCGUCUACCUCGUUCUUCUCGCCGUGAGGGUCUAUUUCGCUCUAUCGCCUUCUUACCUACAUCCCGACGAGCAUUUCCAGGGCCCAGAAGUCAUCGCUGGUAUUCUAUUGCGCCCCCCCCCCCCCCCUGAUAACUUACAGCCCUACAUCCCCCCGCCAUCUCCAUCCUCUAGUUGGGUCUAACAUUUUGCCCUUGGAUGGCACAGGCGACAUCUUCGACUGGCGAAUUACAAGGACUUGGGAGUUCACUUCGUCCGCCCCGAUACGCAGCGUUUUCCCACUAUGGGUCGUUUACGGAGUUCCCAUGCACCUAUUGCGCUGGAUUGCCCCUGGGUCGGAGCCACCCAGUCCCUGGCUUGUUUUCAACACCCUGAGGAUCCUAUUCUUCUUGAUAUCGUUUGUUCUUGGUAAGUUUGCCUUUCCUACUUUGCGCGGGGUCGCUUGUUUGGUGGGGUUUGUGCGAGGUAUCGUUGGGAACGCGGGUUGCGCUGACACCACAAGAGAGGACUGGGCACUUCAAGAACUCAUUGCUUCACCGAGACUCAGACGGACGAGUCUCCUACUGCUAGCCAGCAGUUUCGUAACCUGGACCUAUCAGACCCAUACAUUCUCCAAUGCUGUGGAGACCAUCGGUGUCGCUUGGGCCCUAGUGCUGAUACAAAGGAUUAAAACCUCGAAAGUGGGUUUAGCCCGUACGAAGUCAUCUCUAGCAAAGUCAUUGAGCUGACUAUUUCAACGACUAGGAGGCGGCAUGGCUAUCGAGCGGGCUGUUUGGGAUGACUGUGGCUUUUUGCCUCUUCAAUAGGAUCACUUUUCCGGCAUUUAUUCUUCUCCCGGCUUUCCAAUUGCUUCCGCACUUCCUCCGCCAGUAAUUGUCACUCUCUACCGGGAUUGAGAUAGCUGCUAAUUGUGUCCCGGCAGUCCUACCUGUAUAAUCCCCCUUACGCUUACCACCCUUCUCACUGCGGGUGCGGCGGUAUACUACGAUACGGUUUUCUAUUCUGCCAACACACCCACUGCCUCACUUACGUCGCUUACCUCCCUCUUCGAAACUGCGCCGAUAAUCACUCCCAUCAAUAACCUUCUCUACAAUGCGUCCCCAGCGAAUCUCUCCAACCAUGGUCUUCAUCCCAGAUGGACCCAUUUCCUGGUCAACCUCCCCCAGCUCCUCGGCCCGGCCAUCCUCUGCCUCGUCACAAUCCGCCGGGCCUCUCUCCCUGUUCUCUCGGCCAUCUCAGGCAUCUCCCUCCUGAGCAUAUUUCCCCACCAGGAAGCCCGUUUCCUUAUCCCGGCGGUCCCACUUCUACUCUGCUCCAUAUCCCUCCCCCGCAAUAAAAUCCUCAACAAACUCUGGAUAACCUCCUGGAUAAUUUUCAACGUCCUUCUAGGAACCCUCUUCGGUGUCUUCCAUCAGGGGGGUGUGAUCCCCACCCAAGUUUAUCUCGGGAGCCUUCCAUCAACGCUAACACCCACCACCGCCGUCUGGUGGAAAACGUACUCGCCACCAACUUGGUUGCUUGGAGCAAAAGACGAUAGUCUGACAACAGUGGACCUGAUGGGCUCCUCCCUCGACAAGCUAAUAGAAACGGUGGAACCACUUGCAGACUGCUCUCAGAAGAACUACUUGGUAGCCCCUCUAUCUGCCACCGCGUUAGACAAUUUUAUUUCUAUCAAUUCGCCAUCGCAAUCAUUCACGUUAGAAAAGAAAUGGGAAUACAUAAAUCAUUUCAACCUCGACGAUCUGGAUUUUGCCGAUGACGGGGUAUUGCCCACGAUACAGCGAGUCGUGGGAAGACGUGGGCUUGCAGUAUGGAGGAUUGGGAAGGUUGGAUGCUAGUUUGGCUUACUCUACUGCGCAUACACUAUAUAUUAUCAUAAUAUUUCCGUUCCUUUGAGCUGGUUUUGGAGUAUUUGGCUAGGUGGAAAGAGGGAGUUGGUUAUAUCGGCACGGUAUGACAGGCACUUCUAAUGGGGCCCUAUCGUGUUAUUAUAGGCGUUCUACAUCUUUUUUUUCUUUUUGCUCUCCUAUUUCAGGGAGUGGCCGGCUCUUGGUCACCGUUUUUAUUCCUUUCUUUUGUAAUUUUACUUGCUUUCUUUUUCUUUUUCUCUUUUCUUUUCCGAUUUGUCAAAGGAUAGGGAGGGAAAUCAUCAGGAAUGGGUGGCACGGAGCGAUACAGGACAGUGUGUACGGUCUGGGGGGAAUUUCAUUGGGACGUUGGGAGUCUAGGGCUUGCUUAUGUCGAUCUGUUACAGUAUACCAUAUCAAUACCAGUAUAGCGGUAAUUUGUUGAUAUUGAAUUUUUUUUUGUCCUGGGCGCUUGUGAGGUUGAUAAGUUAUAUCUUGCUGCAAUGUAGCCCAACCGUGUAUCAUAGCCUGAAUGUGUACCAUAAAGACCAGACUUGUAUAGCCUGCUAAUCAAUUGAUGCGGCGGGAGAUAUCCGGUGCCGAAUAGUACGGUACUUGUACAGUACUCGAGUACAUGCUACCGUGCGGCAAUCCACGAUGCCCUUCUCCAACCAGUGUUCGCACUCACG